AUGGAGUCAAGACUAAGUGGCACCUCAUGUAAUCAUGAGGAAUGCUCUCCACCUAAGUUUCCGGCUGGAGAGUUUGCAGCUACUGCAGAUUGGGACACAAUCAUCCUUUACCAGUCCAAGAAAGAAGACAUGUCAUGGCUAAGGGAUUAUAUCUCCUGUCCCACUCGCACUGAGAUUGCCAGGUACACACUGGACUCUAGAGUUUAUAGGGCUGAGACGGAGGUACAGACCACAUCUGCCAUUGUGCACGGAGAGCACGAAGCUACCACCUUAAGUGAACUAUUUCGUGCACAUUUAACCACCUUGAAUGACCACAUGAACAAUACGGGUAGAAGCGCCAACCUCAGAGUACGAGGUAUACCAGAGGCUGAAAGCCAGGAGAGAAUCCCCUAA